UUGGUUGAGUGAACCAGCAUUCUCAUAAAGUAUGUGAAUUAAAUAAAAAAACAUGCAAAUAUUUUAAAUAAAGUAAUUUUAUUACUUUACCAUAAACCAUCAAAGUACAAAUGUCAGUAAUAUUGAAUAUAAAAUACCAUCAAACUAUAAACGUCAGUAAUAUUGAAUAUAAAAUACCAUCAAACUACAAAUGUCAGUAAUAUUGAAUAUUAAAUACCAUCAAACUAUAAAUAAAUAUGGAAAAUUUUCAAAUGACAUACCAGAGAAAUGUGUGAACGUUUUGAAAUCAUUAACUAAUACUCAAUGACCAAUAAGACAAGAGCAAUCUUUAAUUGAUGGAUCUGCUGCCAGAACCAAAAACAUAAUUAGCAGCAAAUAUUGACGGCGAAAAACGGCAAAACAACAGAACAUUAAAGCAAAACUCGAUUAUUCCAGUGGGCGUGGCAGUGGGCGUGUGUGUGUUUUGGCUGCUGACAAAAGUGCAAUUGGAAUCGGAUUCGAGCGGAGCGGAGAUACGGAAAAUCGGGCAAAAAACGCAACCGAUACGGGCCGAGCUCAAGUGGCCAGGAUAGGCGCCGAAAAGGAGGCGGAGCUGGCUGGGGAGGCGUGGUGGCAGUCAUGACAAUGUCCUCGACGUCAACUGCGACUGCGACUGCGACGUCGACAGCGACUGCGACGCUGGCGGAGGCAAACGCAACUGUUGGCGAAAUGUUUUCGGAUGCGGAUAUGGCGGAAGUGCGGCAUGUUGUCCAACGCAUUUUGGUGCCGUGCGUUUUUGUUAUUGGACUAUUGGGAAAUUCAGUGAGCAUUUAUGUUUUGACGCGCAAGCGCAUGAGAUGCACCACAAACAUAUAUCUAACGGCCUUGGCCAUCACGGAUAUCGCCUACCUGACAUGCCAGUUGAUCCUGUCGCUCCAGCACUACGACUACACCAAGUACCACCUCAAGCUAUACUGGCAGCUCUAUGGCUAUUUCGUGUGGCUGUGCGACAGUUUCGGUUACAUCUCAAUUUACAUUGCCGUGUGCUUCACCAUCGAGAGAUUCAUUGCGAUACGCUAUCCGCUCAAGAGACAGACGUUCUGCACGGAAUCGCUGGCCAAAAAGGUGAUAGCAGCCGUGGCCAUCUUCUGUCUGCUGUCCACACUCUCGACGGCCUUCGAGCACACAAUUACGAUGGGUUCGAGGCAGAUUGAUGACGCCUACCAGCCGUGCAACCAAACGGUGGCCAACAUCUCGCCCACGCCGCCGCCGCCUUCCGCGGCUGCCACGCCCCCGCUGGCCACGCCCCCGCUGCCCACGCCGGCGACCAUUUGGCAAUCGCAGGACUACAGCACCGAGUCCACGACAGCCGGCAGCACCAGUCUGCUCGUCGACUGGGGCAGUGGCAGUGGUGAUGGUGAUGGAGAGCCAGAGAACAUUCCACGACGUCGCCGUCACUGGCAGUCAUCUGGACUUGUGACGCUGCCCGCGCUGAGGAAAACGCUGGAGGAGCAGGAUCAGGAUCAGGAUCAGGAGGGGGGAGAGGAGGAAGAGGGGUCAGGGGUCACGGAGAGUUUGCUGCAAUUGUUGCGUCGCAAGCGCCGCGCUGAGAACCACAACAUCAACAAUACGGAUGCAUUCGCAUUUAAUGUAACGGAAUACUGUCAAAAUGUGACUUUUUAUAACCACGGCCUUUCGGAACUGGGCUAUGAUGAGCUGUAUAGCUAUCUGUGGAACCUGUUCACCCUGCUGGUCUUCGUGGUGUUCCCCCUACUCCUACUGGCCACCUUCAACUCCUUUCUCAUUCUGCUGGUGCAUCGGUCCAAGAAUCUGCGUGGUGACCUGACCAAUGCAAGCAGCAUAAGGCGCACAAAACGCAAAUCGAAUUCUGGAUUAAAAGGCAGCGUGUCGCAGGAAAAUCGCGUGACGAUAACACUCAUUGCGGUGGUACUAAUGUUCAUUGUUUGCCAACUGCCCUGGGCGAUUUAUUUGAUAGUCAAUCAGUACAAGGAAAUUCAAGUUGGCACUCAGGUGGUGGCGGGAAAUGUGUGUAAUCUUCUGGCCUCCCUACAUGCGGCCUCCAAUUUUUUCCUGUACUGUGUGCUUUCCGAUAAGUACCGAAAGACGGUUCGAGAACUGAUAACCGGAUAUCGCUAUAGACGUCGACAUGCCCGGAAUAAUACAAGUCUCUAUGUGCCGCAUACGACGACUACACUGACCCAAAUAAAUGGCGAUCAUUAUGGCAGUAAUUAUGGCGGAGCCGGAAGUCGUCGAAAUCGCAACACGGCUCGCCUGAUAGCGUGAACAAUCGUGGAUAUUUCUAAAAAAAAUAUACAUUUAGCGGUUUAACUUCAUGAGAAGAGUGAUAGCACAUGUCACGAAAUUUCUCCAGACGACAAGAGGGCUUUAAAUUUGCCAGCAAAAUCACACGGAAUCACAAGUGAUUCAAUUCAGGCGUGCGGUUAGCAGAAAAUUUAAUUUGUUGUAUCAAUCGAUAUCUAUGUAUAUCUCAAUCUCUAUAUAUAUAUACUACAUAACAUACAUUGUGCCAUAAUGUGAUGAUUAUAGAUUUAUGCUAGUUAACCUAAACGUAAUUGUUGUCCUAAGUACUAAACGCAUCAAAUCAAAUACACGCAAAGUACACACACAAAUUAACAAAGGUCCAUUGAGAGUUUUGCUAUUCGCUCGUCCCACGGGGCGUAUGAAUAACCCACCAAUACCAAUGCAUAUUAACUUGCUGACCAACAAUUCGCCGAAUAUCGCGGAAUAGUCAUAGUUAGCAUAUCCUGCGAGAUUGCGGCCAGCGAAAAAAACAGUCAAAAUGUUAGAGGAAAAAUGCAGGAACGAAGAGGAAACAGGACAUUCUAAAUGUGAGGCUCGAAUUGCUGCAUUCCCUUCAGUUAAUGGUUGCCAUAUUAUGUUGUAGCAUUUUUGGGCCAUAAACUA